AUGAUGCGCUUUGCUCUUGACAGAUGUUUGGAUGCGCGACUUUCUUCCAGAUUCUGCGUGAAGCUGAGCGUCAAGGGGGACAGCUAUAUUCGCAAGAAGACAUCAGUGCAAGCUUCCAAGUUGCAGCUCAGUCGUAUCACCAGGAAAGAUGCACUGAGACAAGCGCUGCGCCGAUGUGAAGAAUCGUGCUUGGCAGCUUUGGCAAAGCGUCGACAGACGCAAGUGCAACGAUUGAAAGCAGAUGGAAGUUCCGAUGAAGGUGCUGGCUGGGAGGUCUCUGAUAUCGAGUGCCACUCAGGGGAAGAGGCACUUGAAAAGGAAGCGCCACUGAAGGUGACACCGCAGCUCUUGGCAGACUUGGGUGUGGAACCCACCAAGGAGGAAUUGGACAUGGAUCAGUGGUAUCCAUCCCAUUUGUGGGAUGAAAAUUCAAAUCUCCUCCCUGGCCAUCGUGGCUUCAAUCAGCGGGCCACAAAGGUUCUGCGACGGGCAGAGGUUUGCCAGCCACCCGUUCCUCAGCAAAGCUCGGCUAGCUGCAGACCUUUACAGCCACACCAGGAGAUUGUGCGACUCUUGGUUCACCCGAAGAGUCCGGUGCAACGAUUGCUGGUGGAUCAUCCAACUGGAUCUGGGAAAACCCGCGAAAUGAUUUGCGUCCUGGAGAAUUUUUUCUAUGACCAGCGCCCCAAGAUUGCCAUUUUCCCCAAGGCCGCAAUUUGUCGGAAUUUUUAUACAGAGCUACUAAGAUGGCCGAACCGCUACCGUGAUUACUUCAGUUGCUUGCGGCCACGGGAAGCUUCCCUGGCAGCUGGAGCGCAUGAAAUGCGACGAGAGAUGUGGGACCUCACAAGGCUGCCGGAGAAGACAGUCCGCGAGCUGAUCCGAUCCCUACGGGAGGUCCUGGAGAUGAAGGGCCAAUCCUUUCGAGGAUUCAUGCGGAAAUCCUUCAGAGACCUCUUUAAGGCGCAGCACCCUGGGGAGCCCAUGCCGUUGGCGCCUCUCAUUGCCAUCAGCUAUGCAUCAGCCGGUGGUUCCUAUGUUGCGAUGAACAAUGGCCAGCCGGUGUCUGCAGUGAUGAAGAUAGCUUGGCAUGGUGCCCGACCUGGGUGUGCUGGUGCUGGGAGCGCACCGCGGUCCCACAAUGUGUUGGAUCACAAGAUCCUUCUACUUGACGAAGCGCACCAGCUGCUGCAUCCCGGCCGCUACUUCUGGCAGUUGCAGCAGCUCCGGAGGCAGCUGGCGGCAGCGCAAGGCUCUGUGGUGGUGGGUUUCAGCGGUACCCUGGCGUUGGACCAGCCGGAGGAAGGACGACAGCUGCUGGAGAUUGUCAAAGGCGGUGCCGAAACGGUGCUGUGUGAUGAAGGUUUUUUGUCCUCAUUUCCAACUCGACCCAGAGAAUUCUUCGCAGAAGCUUUGCCCAAGGGCGUUCCAGACGAGCUGAGCGAGCAAAUCCAGGAGAAAUUGGUACAUCGAAUUAGCCUAUCAGGGGAAAGCCUGAACUCAUAUGACCUGAAGAUAGAGAAGGGCGUGGACGGCAAGCGAUUGGCAGCAUAUUGCAAUGUGUGCUCUUUCGUGUCCAGCUUCCACGAUGGUGCAGGAGGUAGCAAAAAUCGAAUCCUGGCGUGUCCAGAAGAAUGUUGUCCCAAACUAUGGGCCGUAGCCCAAGCAGUCGCCAAUUCCCAGAAGAAGGCCUUGGUGAUGACAUCGCGGGCCUGCGGUUACCUGGUGAUGUUGGCACUGCUGCGGCAGAUGGCUGAGAAGUCCACGAAAUCGAAGUCAGCAGUACCGUUUCAAGUCGCCACUAUGGAGGAACUGGCGGAGUUUAACCAUGUGUCAAAUGCCACUGGACAAGUCUUUCGCGUUUUGGUGGCCAAUGCUAGUGAUUGCGCCGAAGGAAUCAGUUUCCUUGCAGUUCGACACGUGCACCUGACAGAAGUGCCCUUGUCACAGGGUCGUUUCCUUCAGAUUUGUGGGAGAGCAUUGCGCAUGUUUGGUCAUGAGAGCCUGCCCAAGGACGAACAGACAGUGACCUACCACCUGUACGUGGCGACACUUCCCUCGUGGAUGUCUUCAUCCUUAGCUUCCUGGGCCUUUCGCGCACAGCCACGGCGACGGUACAAGUCAGGUCGUGCUGCAGAAUUUGGUGCCAGGGAGAUGCUUGCGAAGCUGGAAGCGAAAGGUAUUCGCAGUCUCGAGGACCUUCGAAUGCGUGCCAGUGGCUUUGAACAAGCCCAGUCCAUCGACGAGAAUCUGAUGAAGUGGCUCUCUGAGCAGGACAUACUCCCAAAUGAGGAGAAGUGUCAGACCGUUGCCAUGCAGCGAGCAGUUGGCAAUGGCUCAGCCACACUCCUCGUGGAGACCUCGGACGAGUUGGCCCUGCGACGGUUGGCAGAAAGCGAACGCCGCAUGGGGCUGGGCGAGUUGAGGCAGAUCGCAGUGGAUGCUCAGAUUUUGCAAAACCUUUCUGGCUACCAAAGUUGCGGCCAAGUCCAACACAUCCCCAGGCGUCGCCUGAGAUGCAAGACGCCGGUUGCUGGCAUGCUCUCCGUGCCACACGGCAGCAUCUCCCCACCUUGCGCUGCAAGUCGGUCUGCAGCCAAGGAGUCGAACCAGUCAAAGGGCAAACGGGCCCGAACAUCUGUCCAAGCUUAAGUGAACUGGCUGGUGGUU